CUGCUGCAAUCGCUGCACGUUUUCUGGUUUUCUACUCAUAACACCUCAACUGCAAUUUACAACAAUUAUUGUGUAAUUUUGUUAAAUUUUUAAUUAAAUUGUAAAUAUGAUCGAACAACAGAGACAACGCAUUGAACGUGCCGUCACAGAGAUGGUAGACGAUAUGGAUAAAACUCAUUUACGUAAAAUGCAGACAGACAUGCAUUUAUGUGCGGCAAAAUGUUGUCAGGAUAUGAAUUCCAGCCUUGACAGUGUUCAGAGAUGUGUUGAUAGGUGUUCGGCACCAUUGACACGCGCUCAAAACUACGUUCAACACGAGUUGGGUGAAUUUCAGGGGCGCCUGCAGCGAUGUGUUAUGCAAUGUAACGAUGAUGUAAAAGUGAAAAUGCCGCCAAAUCCCUCCGAAUCUGAUAUUGCCAAAUAUACCGACCAAUUUGAACGCUGCGCUAUACAGUGUGUAGACAAGCAUGUCGGAUUAAUACCUACUAUGAUGAAAACAAUAAAAUCCGUAUUGGCGAAAGGUCCAGAGUCCAUACCUCAAGUUUAAUUGCCAGCAUAACCAGCAAUAUUCUCAAAUUUCGAUAAAUAUCUUGACUUAAAAAAGAUAUUAGUGGGCAUGUCUAAUCAUUGACGUUUUUAAAAUGUGUGUAACAAUUAAACACGAUUAUAUUUCAAACAUAAAUUGCACAGUAAAUAAGGAACAGUUGUUUUGUUUGUUAAAAAAUAUAAAUGUGGAGUAAUAAAGAAAAGCAUUUAGAAUUUAUGUCAAACAACUAA